GGCGAGACCCAGCGGGCGGAGAGGAGUGCGCAGCUGAGUGGGCUGAGGGGGAGGCGGCGUGGGAGCCGGGGAAGUUUGGGCGGCCGCCGCCAGUGCUGCGAUCCGAGCCAGCUCCAGUCCUGAGGAGCAAGGGGCCGGCGGACUGACUUCCGACGCCCGCGCGCCCUCGGCCGUCGUCUCGCGUCCUCUUGCCUGGAAAAGUGUUUAGCUUCUAAAAUGUCAUCUAUCAAGCACCUAGUUUAUGCAGUUAUUCAUUUCUUACGGGAACAAAGUCAGAUGGAUGCUUAUACAUCGGAUGAACAAGAAAGUUUGGAAGUUGCAAUUCAGUGCUUGGAGACAGUUUUUAAGAUCAGCUCAGAAGAUACACAUCUAGCAGUUUCACAGCCUUUGACAGAAAUGUUCACCAAUUCCUUCUGUAAGAAUGACGUUCUGCCUCUCUCAAACUCGGUGCCUGAAGAUGUGGGAAAAGCUGACCAAUUAAAAGAUGAAGGCAAUAACCACAUGAAAGAAGAAAAUUAUGCUGCUGCAGUGGAUUGUUACACACAGGCGAUAGAGUUGGAUCCCAACAAUGCGGUUUACUAUUGCAACAGGGCUGCUGCUCAGAGCAAAUUAGGUCACUAUACAGAUGCAAUAAAGGAUUGUGAAAAAGCAAUAGCAAUUGAUUCAAAGUACAGCAAGGCAUAUGGGAGAAUGGGGCUGGCCCUCACUGCCAUGAAUAAAUUUGAAGAAGCAGUCACAAGUUAUCAAAAGGCAUUAGAUCUUGAUCCUGAAAAUGAUUCCUAUAAAUCCAAUCUGAAAAUAGCAGAACAGAAGUUAAGAGAGGUAUCUAGUCCUACAGGAACUGGAUUGAGCUUUGACAUGGCUAGCUUGAUAAAUAAUCCAGCCUUCAUUAGUAUGGCAGCAAGUUUAAUGCAGAACCCUCAAGUUCAACAGCUAAUGUCAGGAAUGAUGACAAAUGCCAUUGGCGGACCUGCUGCUGGAGUUGGGGGCCUAACUGACCUGUCAAGCCUCAUCCAAGCGGGACAGCAGUUUGCUCAGCAGAUACAACAACAGAAUCCUGAACUUAUAGAGCAACUGAGAAAUCACAUCCGGAGCAGAUCAUUCAGCAGCAGCACUGACGAGCAUUCCUGAUUUGACCAGGGACCUUAGCCCAGAAUGCAAAUGGUUUCUGGCUCUGAAGUAUUCCCUGUAGAUAGUAUCCCCUAACCCCCAAACAAAAACAACAAACAGAACACCAUAUCUGAUCUUUGAAAGACUUGAGCAUAACAUGACUUCUUUGGAAAUGAAUGAUGAAUAGCCAUGUUAAGUGCCAAUAUAGCACUGGAACAAGGUUCCAUUUUCAAACUUUUAUCAUAUUUGUAUAUUAGACUUAAUAGCAGAGUAUAUUUAUUGAACAGUAGGGCUGCUUAUUGGUGAGUUCUUUAGUUCUGAAUUCCUUGAAGCAAAGUUUUCUGAGCAGGGAGAUGACCAAAAGAAAGGUUUCCCAUGCUGGUUUAGAAGAAAGAUACUUGCCAUUGAGCAGCUUUUCAAGAGAGAAGACAUUUGUUAUCUAGGUUUAGCUUUGGUAAGUGCUAUCAGUAAUGAAUACAUAACAUGGGAGCCAAUAUUGUCUUUCAUGCUGUUCUGAUGAAUGACAGGGAAUCUUAAGAGCUGGUAGAAAGUAGCAUUCAGUGCAAUGGAUGUUUUAAAAAGAAAAAAUAGAUAAUGUGAAUGUAUAGAAAGCGAAGGUAGGAUGCUCAGGUUUUCUGCAUAGAUCUUAACUCGUCUGCAGUUUGGUAUGGAUAACGUUAGCGUGGCCACUUAUGCUAAGUACAUAAUAAGAUACAUUUAGAAAUCCUUAAUAGCACUGGUUAGAUCAGUCAUAUAACUGACUUAAUUAUCACAAUUUCCCCAGUGGUAACCUUACCUUGGAAACUAUCAAAUACACCUAUAUUUAAAUAAGCCAGAGGGUUGGCCUUAAGGAUUUUCUAAGUGGCAUUUAAUUAUGUGCCCACAAACACCGAGUUUUUAAAAAUUUAGUAAUUAUUUGAUAGAUAACAAAACACAUCUGUCACUAACAUUGCUUGUUCAUGUAAUUCUCUGCAAUAAUUUGGCUUGGCAUGUCAGUCUUAUGCUUAACAUAAUUUAAAUUUGAUGCAAUUUAAACAUAACAGGAGAUUUACAUAUUUUAUUAUGAAUUAAAUGCCAUAUUAGAAGUUAAGAGAAGUGGCAUUAGGUAUUAAUUACAGUGAUGGAUGAAACAGUUCAGUUCCAACUGGAAUUUUUUGUUUGUUAAUCAUGAAAUUAGUGAAGUAGGGCUUCACAUGUAAAUGAUUUCACAAGUAUCAUGAGGGAAAACUAAAAAAGUAAUAUAAAAUUAAGUCAGUAAUAGCGGUAAUGAACAGGCCUUUACUAUAACUGUUCUCCUCUAAAGGCUAAUUAUUUGGUAUUUAGAAGUUUAAAAACCAACUUUUUCUUUUUCUCUUCAUGACAAUAGAAAACAGUGGUUAUAUAAUUUCACUUUAAGAAUCACCUGGGGAAUUCAUUAAAAAUGUAGAUUCAGGGCCACACCUUCAAUUUUGUUUAGUAGCUCCUACAAUAAGGCCUAGAAAUGCCAUGUUAAACAGCACAUCGGGUGGUUCUGAUGUAGGUUCAAGACUCUAAUUUAGAGCAACACCAGGUUAGAGGUUUCUCACUUAGACCAGCAAAUACUAAGCCCCUGGGCUAAGGCUAAAAUAAAGAUCUAUACGAACCCAUAGUUCUGGCCAGAGAAGAUCAGGACUUAAACCUUAGACCCUCUGAGAUUAAAUCUCCAAUAUUCCAUCUAACCCAACUUAAUUUUUCAUGAAGUUAGAAUCAGCCCCUAGUGUUCAAGUGUGAUACAGAAUGAAGGACAACUACUAAUCACAUAGAAGUUAUGACUGUGAUUUAAAAAAAAAAGGCAAAGUAGAUUCUUAGUUAAAAUUAGUCAUUCUUAUCCAGUAUUGAAUAAGAAGUUAAAGUUUCUAGCAUAACUAUCUUGAGUGCAUUAAAAAUGCUUUCAGAUCAGUAGAUGAUAAGCCUUACUAGGAAAACAGAAAAUACAAGUUAACAGUAUCAGAAAUAAAAGAGGGGGAUACAGUACAGACCCAGUAGAUAUUAAAAGGAUAAUUAGAAAA